UAAUCAACAAAUCCCAAACUUUAGCCAGAGAAGAGUGAUUGAGUCGGCAGCCAACAAGCAAAAGAUGAGCAGUCGGCGAGGGCCACCGAAGCACCAAAAUCGCUACGCCUGGAAACCAAACGCCGGUGUUAAAAUCAACGAGAAGGAAGUUGGAGGGAAGCUAAGGCCUUACUCUGAUAUAACUGGAGUUUGCCCUCGAUGCAAAGAACAAAUCGAUUGGAAGCGUCGUUAUGGCAAAUAUAAACCCUUAACGGAGCCUGCAAAAUGUCAGCUUUGCUCCAAACGUAAUGUGCGUCAAGCCUAUCAUAAUCUUUGUUCUGGAUGUGCAAAGGAACAAAAAGUGUGUACUAAGUGUCGAUGUCGUGUUGAUCAAAUAGUUGGGAGGGAUUCUGCAGAGGUUGAAGAAGAGCAAAAGAUGCUUGAAGAGGCAAUUAAAAAUGCUCGAGAGAGGGAUAGAAGAACAUUGUUACGUGCUAUGAAUCAAAGUAGCUCCAAACGUUCAUCAAAAAACACGGCCAACAAAGAAAAUGGUAGGGUGGGUGAAAUUUUUCCUUCUACAUCACCUGAGGAAUAUGCCAAGCUAGGAAGAAAAGAUGAUGGAAAUCAUGAUGAUCAAUACAACUCUGAGAAGGAUUGCAUUAGUGACCAUGAUGAUGAUGAAAAUGAUGAUCAAGAUAACAAAAACCAUGUUUGUGAUGAUGAUGAAAAUGAUGAUCAAGAAGACAACAUGUAACACCCCAAUUUAGGGGCUAAAUUAAAGAAAUUAUAAA